CACUUUGUUUGUCGAAGUCACUUUGUCUAGCAGAGCCAAGUCAACAGAUCAUAUGCAGGGACAGCCGAUGGAGAUCAGCACUCAAAGUCAAGAAAUAUUUCAUGGAUUCUUAUUAUUUGUGAAAGAAUCUGAAGAGCCUAUGGUACAAGAUGGAGGUAGCCAAUCAAGGAUAAAAGUUGUGGAAGGUGGCACAAUAACAGCAGCAAAGAAAAAAAUAGUAAUAAGAUCCAUACCAAAAGGAGACAGUCCAGGAAGGAUGAAAGUCCAGUGUAGCAUGGCAUGUACAGCAACAGGAAACAAAGCAAUAGAGUUCACUUCUAGUGAUGACAAAAUCCUAAUUGAAACAAAAAAGAAAGUUACUAUUGCAACACCUUACAGCCCAGACAGUGAUGGUGAGUUUUAUCUAAAGGCAAAAAAUACAGAUAAAAAUGAAUAUAUGAUGGUGAAUGGUAGCCAGUACUGUGUGUGCCUUGUAAUUAAAGAGGAUAGGAUUGAGCUAGUCCCACUUGAAGAGCAUGAAGCAGAGAGAGAAAAGUCUUUCAGCGGCAUACAUCGCUACAUCACAGUGUAUCAGGAUAACUCCUCUAAAAGUUUCAACAAUACUGCUCUUUUCUUUACUUACAAGAAGGCAGAUCAAAAAACAUACAACUGCUAUCUUGUCCCGAAUGAUAGCCAUGACAAACUUGAAUUGGACGAAAAGGAAGUGGAAGGUAAAAGCUAUGACGAAUUGAGAGUCUUGUAUAAAAGCUACCUCAAGUUUCACACUCAAACCAUCAGUCCAGAUUCAUUGCUAAAGUGUGAUUCUGAUCAGGUUCCUGAUAAAAAGAUUGCUGCUGGUAAUAACGAGGCCAGUCCCACUGGUUCAUUUACUGCGAGUCUUGACAGUGGACAUGGUUCAGGAGAAAAGGAAUAAGUAACGAGAAUAGAUUUCAUAAUGCUUCCUUAUUUUUAAAUAGCUAUUAGAAAAACUUUCAUUUUUAAUCAAACAAAAUAAUUAUAGCAUUUUUCUUUUUAGCUAGGUUUAAUAACAUUUCUAUUAUUAAUUACAU